GCGCUGCCUAGCCAGUCAGAUAUCGAGAGCCCUCUUGAACCAUUAAGUUAUAUUAGAAUUCCUAUACAUACAAUUCUCUUCACACACUUGACAUUUAAUUAAGCACAGACGCUUGGCGCUUUUUUGGAUUUUGACAAAAAAAUGAUUGACGAGGAGCGGUUGAUUGACUUGGUGCGGGACAAUGAAGUCCUGUACAAUAAAACCUGCGUGGGCUACAGGUUGCCGGCAAAGAAGUUGGCGGCUUGGGCUGCAAUAUCGCGGGAGCUUGGCGCGACAGAAGAGAAGUGUACCAAGCGCUGGAUUUCACUACGUGAGCGAUAUACCCGCGAAUUGCGGAAGCUUGACGCCCCGUCAGGAAGUGCGCCGGCUUCGCAGCCGACCUGGCACUUCUCAACCAAUAUGGCUUUCCUUAAGCCGUUCAUAGCACCAAGACCCACUCGAUGCACUAUAAAUAUUCUGGACACAAGCUAUGGAAGCAUGCUGUCUGAGCAAUCUCCGUCAUCGCCGCUUCUGUUUCCGUUGGCAGAUGAGAACGAAGAAGGGUACCCUGAAAGGUAUUCAGGCGAUCCCGUGGCGUCGACGCCUAAUAUAUCUAAAAAAAGAAAGCGGCGAGAUCAGGGUGACGACGGCGAGUUUAGUGAAGUUUGCCAGCUGUUUAAAGAGGUGCAGAAGGACCGAUUGGCGGAGAACAAAACUUUGCGUUCGUUUGGCGAGAUGAUUGUAGCAUCUAUUGGCGAGACGAAUGAAAGGAAGCAGGCGAAAGCGAUCCAAAUAAUCACAAAUGCUGUGAUGACAUUAAAAUUAGAGCCUGACGACUAA